AUGCAGCUUCCCAGUCCCGCGCGCAGAGCCCGGCUCGGGCCCUCGAGAGGGAUGGGGCCUUUCAAGCGGCUGGGCACGCGGCCCCACCUGCAGACUUCCGGCCGACUGCCCGCCGCCGGGGCCCACCCUCCGAGGGCUAGGGAAUGCUGAGAUCCACCAAUCACAGUGCGCUUAGAGUGGGGAUAGGUGGGGCCUGAGAGAUUCGAAAGGAGCCCCGCCCCCUCGGGGCUGAUUCGGCAACUAGAUUAUGGGAGGAAAAGCACCUUUCUGCAGGAGGUGAGUAGGAGCUGCAAGUGGAGGCUGGAGCUCAGGUCUAAACUGAUUCCUCCGCUUGCUGUCUGGAACAUGGAUGAUUUGGAGGAAGAUGUGAAAUUCAUUGUGGACGAGACCUUGGACUUCAGAGGACUGUCCCCAUACGACAGUCGUGAGGAGGAAGACAUAGCAGUGUUUGCUACUCCGGAGAAACCUCUCCGACGGGGCCUCUCCCACCGAAGUGACCUGAAUGCAGUGGCCCCUGCACCCCUGAGCCUGAGGCUCAGCUUAGGCCCCCUCAGCCCAGAGAAGCUGGAGGAGAUUCUAGACGAGGCCAACCGGCUGGCCGCUCAGCUGGAACAGUGCGCCCUUCAGGAGCGGGAGAAUGUGGCUGAGGGCCCGGGGCCUCGCAGGGUGAAGCCCAGCCCUCGGCGGGAGACCUUUGUGUUGAAGGACAGUCCUGUCCGAGACCUGCUGCCCACUGUGAGCCCUUUGGCUCGGAGCACCCUUUCCCCAAGCAGCCUGACACCCAGACUCCGGAGCAGCGACAGGAAGGGGCCUGCCAGGGCUCUUAGAACAACUUCUGGAAAGAAGCUUUCCAGCACGAAGAGGGAGUCGCCCACUUGCAAUCUGUUCCCCAUAUCCAAAAGCCCAGCAUCUUCUCCUAUUGCCCAAUCAACUCCUCCGAUCCGAUCUUCUCCUCCAGUGCGAUCUUCUCCCCCAGUGCGAUCUUCUCCUCCAGUGCGAUCUUCUCCUCCAGUGCGAUCUUCUCCCCCAGUGCGAUCUUCUCCUCCAGUGCGAUCUUCUCCUCCAGUGCGAUCUUCUCCCCCAGUGCGAUCUUCUCCCCCAGUCCGAUCAACUCCUCCAAUCCGAGGGAAAACUGGACCCGGUGGGAGAACCACCACCAGUCCACCUAACCCCAUCAGGCCAGUCUUGGCCUCUCAGCCUUCUACCAGCAAUUCUCAGCGUCUGUCUCGGCCACAAGGGGCAACUGCUAAGCCUUCCAGUCGGCUGCCUGUUCCCUCAGCCAUCCCCAGGCCAGCCGGCCGAAACCUACUCACCAGCCGGAGUGCAGCGCCCAGCAAAGGGGCCUUGUCUCCAGAGGCUUUGCCAACCCGGAAAGGACUUCCAAGACCAACCACCAUAGGACAUAGAGUUCCUGUUUCCCAGAGACCAAAUCUUCCCAUCCCUGGUGGACCUCGCAGCAGUCUGCAGCCCCCCAGGAAAACUGCAGCUCCGGGACCUACCAGGUAAAGAGAUCAGGGCAGCAAGCAAGAAUUCAGUAGAAAACCACUACAGCCGUUGCCUGGACUCACCUCUGCUCAGCCUCCCAAGCCCUGCUGUUGAAGGCAGGCCUGAACUUCAGUCAAUCCUGGCCCAGGGACAGGAGGAGGAAAUUCUGCCAGGGCUAGUUUCCCAGGAGGAGAGACAUGGGGAGAUGGCUAGAUUAGAGCUGAACUGGAGAGAACUCCAACUCUCUAGGUUGGGAGGUUAAGGAGGUGAGGUUACCUUGGUAGCGAUGCAGUGAGCAGAAGAUGAGAGAUGCAGGCAGGUGGCUUGUCUUCACUCACCCACUCACUCAUGUGCUCAUUGCCAGGAGUUUGAGCUGAUUCCCAGGCGUGGGCUCACUGGACACUUCCUUGUGUCUGCCCUAUGUGGCUAGCUUCCCUGCUCUCCGAGGUGCCAGCCUUCAGAAUCACAUUUUCUCUUGGACGUGGGCCUGUCUGGAGGGGGAAAGGCAAGCUCCAGAUCUUGUUCCUUGUGAAUCCUGUGAUCCCUAACAGACCAGUUUAUGAUAAGCUUCCUCUCAUGGUCUAUGUUUUGCUAAAAAUAAAAUGAAUGUAUUUUUCUAUGCUCUUUAAAUGUAAAAGUCCCUGUCCUAAUUUCUGACAGAUUUGGAAUAAAUUCUGGUAUAAUCUCAA